UGAACGUCAAUUAAUCGCAAUAUUUAUCGAAACGCUGCACAUUUGUAAAUAUUUUUAUUUAAUGUGGUUAUAUUUCAAUUCUUCGGUUAUAUAUCGGAUUCGGAAUGAGUGAUUUUCUUCCUCUUAUACCUCGUAAAGGAUCAGUAUGUACGGAUGUGAGGCCAAUUUUAAGAGAGGUGUUUCGAGACCGCGACUACUUACCACCACUACCUUCGGACAAGGAAAUAGAGCAGCAUGCAGAUCCAUCUCAAGGUCAUUGGAUCAAGGAUUACUCUCUGGAAUGCACUGACCUCUGGAGAAAGGAGGAGGAAUUGAAAGAGGAGCACGCGAAGAGGCUGUCCCGCGGUACUUUACCGAAUAUCUACCAUCUGUCCACGCCGAGCCACCGGGAGGCGCCGGCGUGGCGGCUACAACACGGCAUUAUAGCCAGGAACGAUUUAAUACCGGCCAUACAACAGAACGCCGCAGGUAAAGGUAACACAAGCCUUUGGGUUCAAAAUAUUUUGAACCGGAGCUCUUGUGACGUGAGCUGCUUAGAGGUAAGCGGCACCAAGCUCCACCCGCCGGCGCCGUUGCAGUCGCCGCCUGCCUACGAACCUUCUCUACAAUCCAUGAGUAUCGGCGAGGUGACGGCGCGUGCUCCCCCGCCGCCCCGCGCGCCGCUCCCCGCGCACCCGCCAACGCCAGACUACGUCAUCUGCGUGCCACCAAAACUGGAAUUCAUCAACUUUACUGUCGGAAAAUCGCAUACGCAAUCCAUCCGUUUGGUGAAUGUGUCAAAACUGGAAGUCCGCCUCUCGCUACGUCCUCCAGCCCGCCGCGAGCUAGACGUCACGUUGUGCGGUCCGCGCGGACUCACAGUCACCGCAGGCUCAGCGACCGAAUUGCGCGUGCGAUUUACACCGAGUGACGUCCGACCCGUGAAGGACACGCUGCUUGUACGAGUGUCCACUGGGACGACGAUCGAUGUGCCAAUACAUUGUUAUAUGCAGCCACCGAUACUGGAAAUACUGGUCCCUAACCUGAGCUGGUGGUCGUUGUGGUGUCGGCGCGGGUCUGGCGCGGCGGUGCGGUCGGGCGGUGAGGUGGUGGAGCUGGGCGCGCGACUGUUGGGCGACGUGCACAGCGCGCGGCUGCUACUGCACUGCAACGCUGAACAUGCCGCUUUCUUUGUGCUCACUGAAGACUCUUGGAACAGCUAUUGUCUUGACACGUUGACAAGCGACGGAGCAGUCGUAUGCGGCGCGUUCACAUUGAGCCCGGUGUGGUGGCGCGGUGGACGCGGGGAGGUGCGUGGCGGCGCGUGGUGCCGCGCCCCGCACGCCGGGCUGCAUGCCGCCGCGUUCAGGAUUGUCUGCUCCACCGCUGUAGCCCGACCUCUACACCUGCUGGCCGACGCCGUGCAUUUCACUACGGAGCAUAUAACUCUUGAAGCUCACGAGAAAGACUACGACAUCUGCAGUGAAGACGACCCCGCCUGCGAAUAUUAUGUUAACCUUGGUACCACUUUCCCGAACCGGUCGCUCUCCGCCACCAUACAACUUGUCAAUCACAGCCCAGUAAUAUAUUCUUACUACUGGAGUGUGCGGCCUUGGGGCGUGUGCUCGUGUUGGGAGUACGGGCAAGAUGCACAAGGUUCCGGGCCUUCUGAUGAUGACAGCGAACGCCUAUGCAUCGGAGCAGCAGAAGCACGAAAGAAGGGUAGACCAGCGGUCACAGGCCAAGUGCUGCCGAGCGUGGAGCCAGGACAUGGGCGGGUGGCGGCGCGGUGUUCAUGCGCGUUGCACGUGUGCGUGCCCGACGCUGGCACGAGGCUCGGAAUCCAGCGCGCUGUACUCAUGUUGAUUCUGAAAGACAUCCCGAAGGAGAGUUUUCCGCCAAACUUGGAUCCUAUGAUAGUCAAAACCGAAAUGGUGGUGGCAGAUCCAAUUCCUGGACACGAGGCCUGGUCCCGUGAAGUGUGCGAAGUGGUAUGCUGUCAGCUGGAGGUGUGGUGGGAGGUGGUACCGCUCAGAUUCGUUCUGGACCCGCCAGUGCUGCGUCUACCACAUUCUAGAAGGGUGAAGAACGUAGACGUGACGCUUCGAGCGACGCAGCUGUUCGGUUGUGACGGAAUCCACGCCAGCUGGUCCUUGCCUGAUGGAAUGACGCUGCCACACGAACCAGUAUACCUUGCUCCUGCGCACUCUCAUACCUCCAAGCUGAGGAUACCCCUGAUGAGCCUACCUAACGAGUACCCAGCUAAUGAUGUGUUGACGUUGAACGCAUCGAAUAAUGAAUGGAAGGCUCAGAGCACCAUAAGCAGGUGGUAUGCCACCCGCCACCCAGGGUUGGAGCCAGCACGUGCGUGGCUCGGCAUAGUACCACCCGGUUCACAUAUGACGACAACUUUGCAGAUACACAACGAUACACAUCAGCAAAUCUGCUGGUGGGGCGAGGUGUUUCGAUGGUGGGGAGAGAACCCGCCGCACGCGCGCUGCGAUGGAAGUGCCGACGCCGGCCGACACUGCGCGGUGUGCCGCCAGCCGACCUGCACGUGCGCCCUGCUCCAACCUGCACGCGGGGCGCUGGAUCACGCCCAGAGGGAUCGCCUGCUGUAUCACGUCAGAGCGCCUGAUAAGGACGGCUGCGUCGCCACGUUGCUGCAAGCGCGUCGCACGGCGGGGAGCGGGGCGGGCACGGAGGCGCGCGCGUCUCUUGUCUUCUACCGGGUAAUGGCGCCACAGCUGGUCAUGCGUGCGCUGCCUUGCCACGGAGACAAGAUACCUGGAGAAUGUGAGAAUAUCUAUAUAUAUAUAAAACUCAAACGUGACUGACUGACAUAGUUGUGUAAAGUAAACAUACUUUUUUGAGCUCCAGCUUUUAAUUUGAAUUUAAAAUAUAUAAUCUUGUUAUAUUAAUAUUUACAACUGUUUAUGAAAGAGUGAAUCACAUAAACCUACCAGCAAUAUAAUUUCCUUCCCUUUGAAUACUGCACUUAACAUUCUAAACAAACACAUAAUUCGUCAUGGAUUUAGUCAAGAAAUCUAUUGAUGAAAUGUCUACACUAUUCAACACUAGGAUGGCUGAAUUCCAACUAGAUCUCCAAAAGGCUGUCCCAUCAACAUCAGCGAAUACCACAUCUAUAGCAGAGGACUUUGCUAGAUUCCGCACUUUCGUUGUGUCCGCACUGGAUAUGCUUCAAAAACAAGUGGAAUUCCUGACUCAGGAAGCUAAUCGGCGUGAAAUACGUAGUCGGCGGCGUAUGCUUCUCGUGUACGGAGUGGCUGAGCAAAAGGAUGAAGCUGUUGCAGAUAUGUUCCUUAGCUUGGCAAUACAACGGCUCAAGCUUACUACUCUGUCUAGGCAAGAUAUUGGCCGCAUUCACCGGAUUGGCAGACCUAUGGAUGAUAAACCCAGGCCUAUUUUGGUUAAGUUCCUUGAUGCAUCUGUAAGGAACAAGGUCUGGUUUGCCAAAAAGCAUCUGAAAGGUACUGGUAUAACUUUAUCAGAAUUUCUCACAAGUGAACGCCACACACUGUUUAUGACGGUGAGAAAGAAGUACGGUAUCAAUAGGUGCUGGACGCAAGAUGGAAGCAUUUAUGUGAUGGAUCCCGAUAACAAGCGACAACGGGUGAAUUGUCUCAUGGAUAUGGACAAGAUUCCGGUAUUCAUUCCUUCGUCCUCCGCAGCUGAGAAUAAAACUGACGGCCCGGCCGAAGGUAAAACUGACAACCCAGCCGAGGCCUCAGCCAUCUCUAAACUGCAAGAUAGGUCCAAGAGACGUGUGGUGAAGAAGUAAUGUACUCCACUUCAGCGUCGUAUAUUAGCAAUGUUUCUGUGAGUACACGCAUUGCUUAUCUAGUAAACUGUUUCUUGUAAUGUUUCCUCUGUCGUAUAACUUUACCCACUUAAUAUAAUAUUAUAUUUUAAUAAUUUGUAUACCCGAUAAACCAAUAAAACAUUUUAUGUCGCGUUGAACCAUCGAUCAAUUCAAU